UUGGGAUUAGUUCCAGUUUCUCCUGUGUCUGCUGGAGGAUACGACGAUCAAGAUGAUGAUGACGACGAUGAUGAUGAUGAUGAUGAUGAUGAUGAUGAUGAUGAUGAUGAUGAUGAUGAUGAUCAUUCGCAUAAUGAUCCUGAUGAUUCGGAUGACGAUGAAGACUCGGAUGAUGAUGAUGAUGAUGAUUCGGAUGAUGAUGAUGGUGAUGAUGACGAUGAUGAUUCGCAUGAAGCCUCGGAUGAUGAUGAUAAUGAUGAUUCGGAUGGUGAUGAUUCGGAUGACGAUGAUGAUGAAGAUGAUGAUGAUGACGAUUCGGAUGAUGAUGAUGUUUCGGAUAAUGAUGAUGAUUCGGAUGGCGAUGAUGAUUCGCAUGAUGAUGAUGAUGAUGAUUCGGAUGAUGAUGAGGAUUCGGACGAUGACGGUGAUGAUGAUGAUGAUGAUGUUGAUGAUGAUGAUGAAGAUGAUGGUGAUUCGGAUGAUGAUCAUGAAUCGGAUGAUGAUGAAUAUGAUGACGCUCAAGAUGAUGAUGAUUCGGAUAAUAAUGAUGAUGAUUCGGAUGAAGGUGAUGAAUCGGAUGAUGAUCAUGAUGACCAUUCGGCUGAUGACGAUGAUGAUGAUGAUGAUGAUGAUCAUGAUUCGGAUGAUGAUGAUGAUGAUGAUUCGGAUGACAAUGAUGAUGAUGAUGACGAUGAUGAUAAUGAUGAUGAUGUUGAAGUUCCGGAUGAUGAAGAUGAGGAUGAAUAUUCGGAUGAUGAUUCGGAUGAGGUUCAGGAUCAUGAUGACCAUUCGGCUGAUGACGAUGAUGAUGAUGAUGAUAAUGAUUCGGAUGAUGAUGAUGAUGAUGAUGACUCAGACGAUUCGGAUGACGAUGAUGAUGAUGAUGACUCUGAUGACGAUGAUGCUGAUGAUGAAUAUAAUGAUGAAGAUGAUGACGAUUCGCAUGCUUAUGAUGAUUCGGAUGAGCAUUAUGAUGGUCACCCGGAUGAUGAUCAUUCGGAUGAUGUUGAUGUUGAUGAUGAUGAUGAUGAUGAUGAUGAUGAUGAUGAUGAUGAUUCGGAUGAAAAUGGUGAUGAUGAUGACGAUUAUGUUAAUGAUGAUGAUGAUGAUGGUGUUGGUGAUGAUGAUGAUGAUGAUUCGGAUAAUGAUUCGGAAGAUCAUGUUUCGGAUGAUGAUGAUUUGGAUGAGGGUCACAUGGAUUACAUGGAUUCCGAUGAUGCUGAUGAUGAUUCGUAUGAUGAUGAUGAUUCGGAUAGGGAAUUGGAGGAUGACGAUGUUGUUGAUGAUGAUGAUGAUUAUGAUGAUGAUGAUGAUGAUGAUGAGGAUGAUUCGGAUAAUGAUUGGAAUGAUGAUGAUGAUGAUGAUGAUGAUAUUGAUGAUGAUGAUGAUGAUCAUUCUCAUAAGGAUCCUGAUGAUUCGGAUGACGACGAAGACUCGGAUGAUGAUAAUGAUGAUGACUCGGAUGAUGAUGAUGGUGAUGAUGAUGAUGAGGACGAUGAUGAUUCGCAUGAUGCCUCGGAUGAUGACGAUAAUGAUGAUGAUGAUGAUUCGGUUGAUUCGGAUGAUGAUGAUGAUGAUCCGGAUGAUGAUGUUGACUCGUAUGAUGAUGAUAAUGAUGAUGAUGAUGGUGAUGAUGAUGAUGUUCAUGAUGAUGAUGAUGAUUCGGAUGAUGAUGACGAUUCGAAUGAUGAUGAUGAUGAUGAUGAUGAUGAUGAUGAUGAUGAAGAUUCGGAUAAAGUUUCGGAUGAUGAUGAUGAUAGGGAUUCGCAUUCGGAUGAUGACGGUGAUUCGGAUGAUGAUGACGAUUCGAAUAAUGAUCCAGAUGAUGAUCAUGAUGGUGAUGAUGAUGAUGAUUCGGAUGAUGAUGUUGAUUCGGAUGAUGAUGAUAAUGAUGAUGAUGAUGAUUCGAUGAUGACGAUGAUGAUUCGGAUGAUGAUGGUGAUGAAUAUGUUGAUGAUGAUGAUAAUGAUGAUCGAGAUGAUGAGCCGGAUGAUGAAUAUUUCGUAUGAUGUUGAUGAUAAUGUUGAGUCGGAUUAUCACGAUUAUGAUGAUUCGGCUGAUGAUGAUGAUGAUCAUGAUGAUGAUGAUUAUGAUUCUAAUGAUGAUGACUAUGGUAAUCGUGAUUCGAAUGAUGAUGAUGAUGGUGAUGAUGACGAUGAUGAUACGGUUAAUGAUGCGGAUUACGACGAUGACGAUGUUGAUGAGGAUUCGGAUGAUGACGGUGAUUUGGAUGAUGAUGAUGAUUCGGAUGAUGAUCCGGAUGAUGACCCUGGUGAUGAUGAUGAUGUUUCGGAUGAUGAUGAUGAUAAUGAUGAUGAUGUUGAUGAGGAUGAUGAUUGUUAUUCGAAGGUUGAUGAUAAGGUUAAUGAUGAUGAUGAUGAUAAUGAUGAAGAUGAUCAUGAUCAUUAUGAUUCGGAUGACGAUGAUGAUGAUUCGGAUGAAGAUGAUGAUUCGGAUGAUGAUGAUGAUGAUGAAUAUGUUGAUGAUGAUGGCGAUGAUGAUGAUGAUGAUGAUGAUGGUGAUGAUUCGGUUGAUGAUGUUGAUUCGGAUGAUGAUGAUGAUGAAUCGGAUGAUGAUCCGGAUGAUCCCGAUGUUGAUGAUGAUGAUUGUGAAGAAGAUGAUGAUGUUUCGGAUAUUGAUGAUUCGGAUCAUGAUUCUGAUUAUUCUGGUGUUCAUAAUGAAGAUUGGAAUGAUUCGGAUCACGAUGAUGAUGAUGAUGAUGGUGAUGAUGAUGAUGAUGAUUAUUGGGAUGAUGAUGAUGAUGAUUAUGUUGAUGAUGAUGUUGACGAUUCGGAUGAUGAUGAUGAUCCGGAUGAUGAUGAUGAUGAUGUUGAUGAUGAUGAUGAUGCGGAUGAUGAUGAUUAUGUUGAUGAUGAUGAUGAUGAUUUGGAUGACGAUGAUUUGGAUGAUGAUCCGGAUGAUGACCCUGAUGAUGUUGAGGCUUUUUCGGAUGAUGAACAACCGGUUGAUGGAAGCGUUCGUGUUGGAUGUUUGAUAGAUGUGGCCUAUACGCUUGCUUCAUUGUUCACAGUCCACCAUUGA